AUGUCUGAGAAUCAGAUUCGGUCCCUCUCCCUCUCCCUCUCCCACUCCCACUCCCAAACCAACGAUCUUCAUCUGCGACGAAAGCCAUUCGGAAAACGAAGCAUCGUUCGAGUUAUUUUAGUGUAUUGGAUUUUUGGUGAGUUUCAUUACGCGGCAAUGCAGAUGUUGGCUAAGCAGCUUCUAAUAAAAACCGUGCUAUAA